UCAGCGCCGGCCGCCAUUUUGUGCAGUCGCUGGGAAGGAAGGAGACGCCUGAACCGCGGCAGUGCCGGGUUUGAGCGUAGCCAAACCUACCCACUGUUUCUGUAACCCCGAUUCUCUGUGUUUUGCUCCCGUCUCCGACGAGAGAGGCGGCGACGGUGGCGUCUGCGACGGGAGACAGCGCGUCGGAGCGAGAAAGCGCCGCGCCUGCCGCCGCCCCAACAGCGGAGGCGCCGCCGCCAUCGGUCGUCACUAGACCGGAGCCGCAGGCCCUCCCGAGCCCGGCCAUCCGUGCCCCGCUCCCAGAUCUCUAUCCAUUUGGGACCAUGCGCGGAGGCGGCUUUGGGGACCGGGACCGGGAUCGUGACCGUGGAGGAUUUGGAGCAAGAGGUGGUGGUGGCCUUCCCCCAAAGAAGUUUGGUAAUCCUGGGGAACGUUUACGUAAAAAGAAGUGGGAUUUGAGUGAGCUCCCCAAGUUUGAGAAGAAUUUUUAUGUUGAACAUCCAGAAGUGGCAAGGCUGACUCCGUAUGAGGUUGAUGAACUACGCCGAAAGAAAGAGAUUACAGUAAGAGGAGGCGAUGUUUGUCCUAAACCUGUGUUUGCCUUCCAUCAUGCUAACUUCCCACAAUACGUAAUGGAUGUGUUGAUGGAUCAGCACUUCACAGAACCAACUCCAAUUCAGUGCCAGGGAUUUCCCUUGGCUCUUAGUGGCCGGGAUAUGGUGGGCAUUGCUCAGACUGGCUCUGGGAAGACAUUGGCGUAUUUGCUGCCUGCUAUUGUUCAUAUUAACCACCAGCCUUACUUGGAAAGAGGAGAUGGCCCAAUUUGUCUAGUUCUGGCUCCUACCAGAGAGCUUGCCCAGCAGGUGCAGCAGGUGGCUGAUGACUAUGGCAAAUGUUCUAGAUUGAAGAGCACUUGCAUUUAUGGAGGUGCUCCUAAAGGUCCCCAGAUUCGAGACUUGGAGAGAGGUGUCGAGAUCUGUAUAGCUACUCCUGGACGCCUGAUAGAUUUCCUGGAGUCAGGAAAGACAAAUCUUCGCCGAUGUACUUACCUUGUACUGGAUGAGGCUGACAGAAUGCUUGAUAUGGGCUUUGAACCCCAGAUUCGUAAAAUUGUUGACCAAAUCAGGCCUGAUAGGCAGACAUUAAUGUGGAGUGCAACCUGGCCAAAAGAAGUAAGACAGCUUGCAGAGGAUUUCCUUCGUGAUUACACCCAGAUUAACGUAGGCAAUCUGGAGUUGAGUGCCAACCACAACAUCCUCCAGAUUGUGGACGUCUGCAUGGAAAGUGAAAAAGACCACAAGUUGAUCCAACUCAUGGAGGAAAUAAUGGCUGAAAAGGAAAAUAAGACAAUAAUAUUUGUAGAGACGAAAAGACGCUGUGAUGACCUCACUCGAAGGAUGCGCAGAGAUGGUUGGCCAGCUAUGUGUAUCCAUGGAGACAAGAGUCAACCAGAAAGAGAUUGGGUACUUAAUGAGUUCCGUUCUGGAAAGGCUCCCAUUCUCAUUGCCACAGAUGUAGCCUCCCGUGGGCUAGAUGUGGAAGAUGUCAAGUUUGUGAUCAACUAUGACUAUCCAAACAGCUCAGAGGAUUAUGUGCACCGUAUUGGCCGAACAGCCCGUAGCACCAACAAGGGCACCGCCUACACCUUCUUCACCCCAGGGAACCUAAAGCAGGCCAGAGAGUUGAUCAAAGUGCUGGAAGAGGCUAAUCAGGCUAUCAAUCCAAAACUGAUGCAGCUGGUGGACCACAGAGGAGGCGGCGGAGGAGGGGGAGGUCGUUCUCGAUACCGGACCACUUCUUCAGCCAACAAUCCCAAUCUGAUGUAUCAGGAUGAGUGUGACCGGAGGCUUCGAGGGGUCAAAGAUGGUGGCCGGAGAGACUCUGCAAGCUAUCGGGAUCGUGGUGAAACCGAUAGAGCCGGUUAUGCUAACGGUAGUGGCUAUGGAAGUCCAAAUUCUGCCUUUGGAGCACAAGCAGGCCAAUACACCUAUGGUCAAGGCACCUAUGGGGCAGCUGCUUAUGGCACCAGUGGUUACACAGCCCAGGAAUAUGGUGCUGGCACUUACGGGGCCAGUAGCACCACCUCAACUGGGAGAAGUUCACAGAGCUCUAGCCAGCAGUUUAGUGGGAUGGGCCGGUCUGGGCAGCAGCCACAGCCACUGAUGUCACAACAGUUUGCACAGCCUCCGGGAGCUACCAAUAUGAUAGGUUACAUGGGGCAGACUGCCUACCAGUACCCACCCCCUCCUCCUCCCCCUCCUCCUUCACGUAAAUGAAGCCACUCAGGUGGUAGUGACUUGUGCAGACUUAACUACAUUUAAAGGAACGCUAUCUUUUCCUUUUUUUCUUCUUCCCUUUUUCUUUCUUUUUCUUUUUAAAAUUUUUUCCCCAACCAUUGUGAUUUGUCUUUCAUGCAGAUUAGUUAGAAUUCACUGCCAGGUUUUUUCUGCCUGCCAAAAUGAUCCAGUCUGUAAUAACAGAUUUUGUAAAAGUAUAUAUAUAUGUAUAGCCGACUGGAAGAGAUUUUUUUCCCUCCAACUUCUUGCAUGUUGAGGAUGUUUGAGCUAUUUUUCAUCUUAAAAAGUAAGGUGUUAGGCCCUUUUGUGGGAGCCCAUUUUUUGUUGUCCUGAGUUGGGGUGGGGGGGAGGGUAGAGGGUUGAAUUCUGCAGAAGAAGACGGCAUCUGUGCUUUAAAUUGCUCUCGUUACUGGAAUAGAAAACCAAGAGGGAGUUCCCUGCACAUUUUCUGUAAUGCUUUUUAAUGUUUUUUCAAGCUGGAACAGGGUUCCUCAGACCUGAUGAGUUUUUAAGACAGUGCUUUGCCAUUGUCAUUUUGGCUGAUUGCUUGUUAAGUGCAUUUGACAGUAUUUUUAAAAAUUCCUAAUUGGCUUUGUCUCCCUUACACUCUGCCUUCCCCCUUCCCAAUUACUGAAAAAUAACCAUUUUAGUUGUCAGGUUAGAAAUUAAAUUGCUGAGUCUUGAGUUUUUUUAAGUGUAUCCUUUAAAUUAAAAACCCCAAAUGUUUAUUGUAAUGGUUAAAUGUAGCAUCUCAGCAUCUGGGUGGAAGCUGCCUAUUUUUCUUCCCCAUAUUACCAGGGACCAUCUGUGAAAUUCAUUUUCCAACCAGACAGCUGCUGUGAGCAGAAUGAACAUAAAUGCUCACUGGAAAUUUAUGAACCAGUUAAAUAUGCAUUCACCUGCAGAGUGAGAACCACGUUUAAUUAUAAACAGUAUACUCCAUGGGCAGGUUUUCUUUUUAAACUCAGUAUUUGUAGAGCUAGAGUAAAAGCAACCCUUUGCCAGCUACUCAGCCCUUUUGGCCAAGUUAUCUUGAAGGGUCUUAAGGGUUUAUUAAGAACUCUUACUCUCUUCAUACUCCCGUUCUCUGCAGUGCUUUGUAACAGCUUUUGGGUGCAAAUUUUCCUCAGCAUCCUUUUGCACUCAGCUUUUUACAGGUAGGUAGUGCUUAAGAAAAGUUACAGAGGACUAAAGUCCAAGUCCUUUUACUUUUCCUCCACCUGAAAGGUAGGUGAGAUUGUCCCCUUCAUCGUAAUACCAACUGUUUUACUGAGACUUCAUAUAGCAGAUGGGCCUGGAAAGAAUUUUCUGCUCUUGUGUUCACUGUAACAGGACAGGGAGAUCAGGCAGCCUCAGAAAUCUUUUCGUAUCUAGUGUGGGACUUAAUUUUUUAAUACUGUUAUCGAUAUUGUUCAUUCACAGUGUAGUUAAAGGGGGGAGCCUCCACUGCAUUCUUUGGCUUAGGCCUGAGAGUGCUUGCUGGUUUGUAAGAUCAAAAUAUCUAAAUACUUGAGGUUUUUGUUUUUGUUUUCCUCAUAAAAUUCUUCAGGGAGAGAGAAGGGAUUGUUUCUGAGGGGUACUGAAAGUGUGGUUGAAUGUGCGACAUACAGGUAGGUUGUCAGCAUAAGCUGAAAUGUAUGCGUGUGAGAACUUUGACAUCUCCCCCCACCCCCCCACUUUCUUCUUUCUUAACUUCUUUUUCUCCUCCUUAUAGAAGUUGAGGCUGAGGGAGGAUGGUAGGCACAGGAAAAACAUGGCAACACCGCUCUGUGCUUUCAAACCAAAGUGUCUCCCCCCCCAAAAGUUCGUCUAAGCACUGAUUAGUCCAUUGUAGGCAUUUUUUUCUACACCAAAAUUCUGAUUUUUUUUUUUUUUUUUUUUUUUACACAAAGGUGCCACCACAGGGGGUGUCCUACUCUCUUGCAAGUCUUGAAAGCAUCCCUUUGCGGGAAAGGUCUCUGGGCAAGCAAGCAGUAUUUGGUCUGCUGCUUGCUUUCCUUUUUCCACCAGGGAUGUUGUAAUCAUAAAGUCAAAAUAACAGCAUAUCCCAAAACUCAAAAGCUGUUGUGACCUGAGCACAGCUGAAAUCUAGUAGUUUUUCCUGUAUAGCUCCAGAGUUAAGUCUUCUGCCUCUAUGUCUGCCACUCAUAAUUCAGGUUCUGCCUUUGCUUCAGAACGUGAGCAGAAGAAUCCUCAUUUGAUGCUAAUUAUUGUAGUCAUGAUUGAAACUCAUUUAGGGAAAGGAUUUCUAUAUUAGCUGUGGGGCUGCUUCUCCCCAGUCCCUCCCUAACAAUUCAUUGUGUGGACUUCUCUCAUCUAAAAGGUUGGUGGCUUUUGCUUGGGAUCAGUGCUCUCUCUAUUUAUGUCCUUGCUGGUUUCUGAACACAUUCCUGUUGCGUUAAGACUUGAAAGAUUUGUAGAUGUAUGAUGUUCAGGCACAGGAUGCUAAGAGCUUAAGAGCUUAUGUUACUAUUCUUAGUUUGUAAAUUGUCCUUUUGAUACCAUCUUGUUUCUUUUGUAGGUAUAAAUAAAACACUUGACAAUAA